GCCGGGAGCCGGGGCAGAGGGACAGGCUCCCGGGGCGCCCCCGAGUUUUGCGUCCACUGGAGGAAAGGCCUGGCGCCCCUCGCCCUGACCUGCCCGUGCGGACGGCUCCGCCAGGGGCAGGGCUGUUUCCGGAAGGGCUGAGUGACCCGGCGUGACCCGGUGUGAGCGGGAAGCGGAAGUGGGCGCCGAGGAGGCUGUGCGGGCGUGACGUCCAGGGCGUCUCGUCAGCGGCGGGUUCGCCGAGGGCCACGGAGCUGCCGCCGCCGGCGGCCGCACGUCGCCCGGGGAGUGAAGCGGCCUGGUUGUGGUAGAGCACCCAGAGGAGUGUAAGGACGCGUCAGACAGGCUUCCUCGCGCCACGGGGAGGGGACCUUCCGUCAGCCCCCGCUCUUGAGAAGCCUAGUCUUUGUGACUCCGUUCUGUAUUACUUCAAUAUGUAUUAAAACAAACAAACAAAAACCCCACACACGUCGCAGUUGAGUCAGUUUCGACGCAGGGACCCUACGGGACAGUAGGACUGCCCCGUGAGGAGCCGCUGGUCCCUUGGAACUGCCGACGUUUGGUUAGCAGCUGUAGCUCUCAGCCUCUGUGCCACCAAGGCUCCAGUAUGUAUAUUAUUUUACGUCAGAGCUCUCAGUAAAUUUUGGGAAACUAUGGAUCGUCACGUUCCCAUGCAUGCUCUACCUGAGGAGAUCCAAAAGAUGCCUUCUGAGGAAAAAGUUUGUAAGUACUGUGGAGUCAGCUAUCUAAUUCUUCAUGAGUUUAAGGCUAUGGAAGAAAAAGUGAAAGCAAUGGAAAAAGACAUGAAAUUUUAUCAAGGGAGCGUAGACCGUGAAAAGAGACUUCAAGAAAAGCUACAGUCUCUCAGCCAAGAUCUUCAGCAGUACAGAACUGACAAUGAAUCCAAAACGCAAAGAAUUCAAGAUGUAAGCAUGCAGCUAAAAAGACAGCAAGGUGAAUUUAAGAAGGUACAGGAAGAAUUGAAUCAUUUGCAGCAAGAGUUAAAAGUUAAACAUAGACAGUCACAGAUCUUCAGUAAAAAAUUGGUGGAGUACAAAUAUUUCUGGAAUAAGACACUUUCAUUCCUUACUUCUACUAAGAGGGAGCUAAGCAGUAUUAAAAAUGAAGUAUAUGAUAAUUUUCAAAACUGGACUUCUCUGAAAGAAGAAGUUUUUCUGCAAAUUAAAUCCAUAAGUGAAGCGGCCUUGACAGAGAUAGCCAUACUGAAUAGAAGUCUGACAGUGUCCCAGAGAAAUAAGGUAUGCCUGGAAGAGGAAGUGAAAAACCUGAAACUCUUGUCAGAUGAAGCCAUAUUGCGAUCUCAGCAGAUUCACACAUCAAAUCAACAGGAAGAAAACUUGCAAGCCAGAUGCUAUGAUCUCCAAAAAGAAGUACUAGAUUUACAAUGUCACGUGGAGGCACUUGGGCUAAAACUCCAGAAGGCAGCGACCGAGACCAACAACUAUAAAGAAAUGCUCACGAGUAAAUCUAAUGAAGCCGAUGACUGUCAAAGAAAGCUUAGAAAGCUGAAGUUUGAAUCCAUUAUUUCUGAGUCACGUCACACGAGACUGCUUAAAGAAAAAGAAGAAUCUUUAAUGACUUGUCAAAAAAUACACAAAACUUUACAGGAACAACUGGCUGCAAAAGAAAUGCAAGAAGAAGAUGUAAAAAGAAGAAUUAACCUUGCAGAAAAUGAACUUGAAAUAACGAAGACUCUUCUGAAUCAGACAAAGGAAGAGGUUGUAACGCUGAAAAAUGAAAGAGAGUUGAUGCUGAUUUCACAUCAGAAAAGCAUCGAGCAGCUGCAGGAAACCCUUAGACAGAAGCUGCUGAGUGAUGAUAACUGGAGGGAGAAGAUGGAAGCUGAACGUGCUGAGGAAAAAGCUCAGCAUUUAGUUGAAUUUGAGGAGCAGGCUCUUCUCUUCAAAGAGGAAACCAAGCUGAUACUUGAUAUUGAGAAGGAAAAGUACCAAGAAAUGAUCAAAAAGUACCAGAAAGAACGAGAGGAACUGCAAAUGAAGAUAUCUGACUUAAUCACAGGCGCAACUAGAGACCUAAGGCAGCAAGUAGUCGCUCUGCAAGAAGAACUCCGUGAAUCCCAUCGCAGACAUACUCAGGAAUCUGAGUCCAAGGAAAAAGAAAUUGAACAUCUUAAAAGUUUGGUUGCAGAAUUCGAAUCUCGCCUGAAGAAGGAAAUUGACAGUAAUGAUUCCAUGUCAGAGGACCUGCGGAAGGAAAUGAAACAGAAGUCAGAAGAACUGGAGAGAGUAACGCUGGCACAAACCCAGCUGAUGCAGCAUUUUAACCAGUCCCAGCAAGAGAACACUUUUCUUCAGGAAACAGUGCGUAGAGAGUGUGAAGAACGCUUUGAACUGACGGAGGCUUUGAGUCAAGCCAGAGAACAGCUCCUGGAGCUUAGGAAGCUCAAUGGAAGUUUACCGUUGUCACCGUGUUCCCUCAGCCAGGGCAACCUAACCUUCUCUGCUGCAGCAGUCAGUAAUCAUGGAGAGAAAAGCCUUGCAAGAGUGAACUCUGAAAAAAGAAUCAAAAUCCCCAGCCUGCAACAAGUUUCAAGACCCACCGUUUCCUCAGAGAAGCCCAAGAGAACGAGCAACUCAGGUUUACCUGUCUUCCCUCAACCACAUCCUCCUCGGGGUCGCACAUCUUCAGUCAAUGAGACUAGACAAAGACUGGCUGCCAUUCUUCGGAGGAGGCUGAGUCAGCAAUGACUGACCCCAACUCAGGAGGCCAGGGACGGCCACACGGCGUGCACAUGCUUUCACAGAGUGCCAUAGACUCCCUGUAACUGAGGAUGAUGAAGACCAAAUUACUGUCACAGAUCAAGAAUGGGGAUUGAAAUGAAUGUUUAUAGGUAUUUUUUAACAACAACAACAAAAAUGUAAAAAGCUAGAAAAUUGUGAAUUCACGUUUUCCAAGAGGCCUUUGAAAUUGCAAGAGAAUCAAGUUGUUGGUAGCCCAGAGGCCAAUUCUACAUUGUUUAUGUCUUCUGUAUUGUAUAUGUUUAGAUGUGCUCUAUAUAUAUGCCCUUUUAGAGAUCACAGCUAAAAAUUCUCUCCCAUAGGGUCUUUUUCAUUUUCUUGCACCAUUUCAAGCAGAUAUAUUUCUACAAAAAAAGAAA